CAGGAGAGAGCCUGACGCGGCUGCUUGUGCAGAGUGAUUGGUUCCUGCCGGGCCUCCGGGGGGAUCCGGCUCCGACUUCCUGUUGCAUCUUGGGAGCGGGCGCCAGCCCGGAUACCUACCCGGAGGGCCGCGCAGCCCGUCCUGCCCCGCCUCCCGGGCGCCCCCGCCUCCGAGGCCGCCUCGCUCCGUCCUUCCCGGCAAGCCCCGCGCCAGCGCUGCCCACUGAUUGGCUGCGGCGCGAGCAGCCGCUCUGCCGCAGCGGUUACCCCGGGUUUCCGGUGCGAGGCCAGAGCCGUCUGCGCGUCGGCACUGAGGCCGCGAUGAAGAACCAGGACAAGAAGAACGGGGCCGCCAAGCACGCGAACAACUCUUCCCAUGCGAAAGGCCACCCUGGGCAGCCCGAAGCCGGACCGGAGGGAGGCCCCGGGCGAGCCGGCCAGGCCGCCGCUGCCUCCGACGCAGAAGGUUCCAGCAGCCGGGCUCCAGCGAAGACGGAGGGAGCCCAAGUCAAAGCUGCUCAAGCUGGGGCUCUCCGUGAUGUCUCCGAGGAGCUGAGCCGCCAGCUGGAAGACAUCUUGAGUACAUACUGCGUAGACAACAAUCAGGGGGGCCCAGCUGAGGAUGGGGCACAUGGUGAACCCACUGAACCUGAAGAUACAGAGAAGUCCCGGGCUUAUGCCUCAAGGAAUGGCGAGCCUGAGGCAGAGACCCCAGUUGUCAUCAAUGGUGAGAAGGAACCCUCCAAGGGGGAGGCAGGCCCAGAAGAGAUCCGGGCAAGUGAUGAGGUUGGAGACCGCAAUCACCGAAGGCCACAGGAAAAGAAGAAAGCCAAGGGUCUGGGCAAGGAGAUCACAUUGCUAAUGCAGACGUUGAACACCCUGAGUACUCCAGAGGAGAAGCUGGCAGCUCUAUGCAAGAAGUAUGCUGAACUGCUGGAAGAGCACCGGAACUCGCAGAAGCAGAUGAAGCUCCUACAGAAGAAGCAGAGCCAGCUGGUGCAGGAGAAGGACCACCUGCGUGGUGAGCACAGCAAGGCCAUCUUGGCCCGGAGCAAGUUGGAGAGCCUGUGCCGAGAGUUGCAGCGCCACAACCGCUCCCUCAAGGAAGAAGGUGUGCAGCGAGCCCGGGAGGAAGAGGAGAAACGCAAGGAAGUGACUUCACACUUCCAGAUGACACUGAAUGACAUCCAGCUACAGAUGGAACAACACAAUGAGCGCAAUUCCAAGCUGCGCCAAGAGAACAUGGAGCUGGCCGAGAGGCUCAAGAAGCUGAUCGAGCAGUAUGAGCUGCGGGAAGAGCACAUCGACAAAGUCUUCAAACACAAGGACCUGCAGCAGCAGCUUGUGGAUGCCAAGCUCCAGCAGGCCCAGGAGAUGCUGAAGGAGGCAGAGGAGAGGCACCAGCGGGAGAAAGAUUUUCUCCUCAAAGAGGCUGUGGAGUCCCAGAGGAUGUGUGAGCUGAUGAAGCAACAGGAGAACCACUUGAAGCAGCAGCUUGCCUUGUACACAGAGAAGUUUGAGGAGUUCCAAAACACACUCUCCAAAAGCAGUGAGGUGUUCACCACAUUCAAACAGGAGAUGGAAAAGAUGACUAAGAAGAUUAAGAAGCUGGAGAAAGAAACCACAAUGUACCGGUCUCGGUGGGAGAGCAGCAAUAAGGCGCUACUGGAGAUGGCCGAAGAGAAAACACUCCGGGACAAAGAGCUGGAGGGCCUGCAAGUGAAAAUACAGCGGUUGGAGAAGCUAUGCCGGGCGCUGCAAACAGAGCGCAAUGACCUGAACAAGAGGGUACAGGACUUGAGUGCGGGGGUCCAGGGCCCUCUCACAGACAGCCCUGAACAAAGGUCAGAGGCUGCCACUGCCUCCAAGGAGCAGGGUGUUGAGGGGCCUGGGGCCCAAGCACCUAGCUCCCCAAGAGCCACGGAAGCCCCUUGCUGCCAUGGAGCACCCGGCUUAGAAGCAUCUGGCCGUACUAGGCCUCAGGAGCCCACCUCCACCACCGCCUAGGGAGCGUGGCCUGGGGUGUGUGCUGGGAAGGGAGCAAGCAGCCCAGCCAAGCCUGGCCCACCAAGCUCCCUCUGCUGCGCAGUGCAGCCCUCAGGUCACGCUCUGGCCUGGCCGGUGUCUGACACCUCGCAGUUUUGGAUUUUCUGGGUCAGUUUUCAAUACCUAUGGCAUAGGUGCAAGGCCACACGCGUUCUUACCUGUAAGUGUCAAGUGGGCUGACAUGGGGGUGGGAUGUGGACAGAUGAGGUCAGUGGCUCUUCUACAAGUUUAAUGGGUCUCAAAGCAGAGCUGUCCCAGUGAGCUACUGGACAAGCAACAAGCUUUUCCCUGCCUGAUUUGAGACUCCUUCCUGCCCUGCAGGGCUCAAGCCAGAUGACACCCUCGGGCCUUGACAAUGAGCAGGACUUGGGCAACUCCAGCUCUCCAAGCUUCUCCGGAAGCUCUUUUGCUUCUCUUGACCUGGAAAAGGGAACCCCAAACAGAGCCUUGGCAGGGGCUUAGGAACAGUAACACAACUGCCCUCUGCCUCGGACUGGGCCCUGGAGAAGGUUUCUGUGUGGGAUGAUGUGCUGGGUGGGAGCCCCCAGGCACCACUUCCCCUGCCCUCUGGUAGUGCCAGGACCAGGCCAAUGACGCUUUUCAGUAGCCUUAUCAUUCACAGGUGCCUCUAGCCUGCACAAUGAUUGACAAGAGAUCACCCAAAGGCUUCUUCCAGAAGGGUUCUCUGUUCUGUUUGUCCGAUCCUUUAUUUUUGCACAUGACAGUGUUUGUGUUGCUGAUCUCCUGAGGAAGAAGGGAGAGUGCCGUAGUGGUGGUGCCUGGCUUCCUGGCUCCCAGUGCCCCACCACCCCACCUAGCACUUUGCCGUGCUGGUUCUGAGGUUUCCUGUCAGUGAACCCAGAUUGUUUAUAGUAACGGAAAAAAGGGUUUCUGAUGGCUUUGCCACAGCUUGCCUGUGACACCUUGGGAGGUCUCCAGGCAGCCGUGCAGGCCUGUUCUUCCCUUGGCUUUAUGAGUCUUCUGCUCUCUUGCUUGCACCCACGUGCAUUCCUUGAGAUUUGCCCUGGUUCUGUUUUGGCCUGGGGACUGGCUGCAAUAUGUCCCUUGCAGCAUGGACAAGAAUAAGACCUGGGGCUAAAAAGAGAGUACAGGGAACAGGUAAGACAUCUCAACCCAGUUCAGUCCCCAGUGCCACAUUUGGUCCCCACUGAACACUCUGGGUGUGGCGCAGGCCUGCCCCUUCCCCAAAGAGAAAUGAAAACAAUUGAUUUGGUCCCAGAGAGUCAAAAGGCUGCAGAUUGUGUACCUGUCCCACAUUGUCCUUCCACCCCCCAGUGCCUGCUGUUCUGAACUCUUGAAGGUUCUGCUGUGGCAAACAGGCUGGCUAGGCUGUUUGCUUUUAUUACUGUGCAGGGUGGUAUAGGGCAGUUCUCUUGAGCAACUAAAUAAGUCUUGUGUUAAGUGGGACUCUGCUGGUUUUGGAGUCAGCACCCCAUCUUCAGUGGUGUGCCACAGCUUGAGUGCAGCGGCAGAGGGAGCCACAGACCAAAAUGGCCAGAUGGUUGAUAUACGUCCUUGAAGCUGCUUCAUUGUCUGGCAGGCCCCUUCAUUUCAUAUAGUUAGUCUUUGAGCCCUGAACUUCAAUUCCUCAAAGAAGUAGGUUAGUGAAAAAUGCUAAGAAUGUCUGAAUCACAUUUCAGCUUAGACCAGAGAUGGCAAAUGAACAGCCCAUCAGUUCCCUGUGGCCAACUUGUUUCCCCUCACCCCUCUCCCAAAGUCUGUCCCUGAGAGUAGAACUGUUCCCCUAGCCAGUGAGCAUGAGGACCGGCAUGCCGUCUUGCCUGGCUGAGACCCCAUUUUCCGGUUCAACAGUCCCCGUCCUUCCAGGUACCUUUUCUGUCCCCCUCAAAAGCCUGGGUCUGGACUCAUGCCAGCUGCCUCCUGCCCCAGUCAAGCCAGUUCUGCCAGGCUGGGGCACACAGGAGCUGCCAACCCCAACAGGUUUGCUGGGCUACAGAAGCACAAGGCUGCGGCAGGAGCUUUAGCUUGCUCAGCAGGAAGGCCUGCAGAGCCCCCACAGAACUGCCUCCUCACUCAGCUACCUCUUUAAAGCCCGAGGUGGGGGCAGGUCUGUUGGAGCCUCAUGUGGCAUGGGAGGUGACAGCUGCUCUGCAUGCCAGCAGCCCCUGGAGACAUCUAGUGACAGUGAGCAAGGUGGUCUCACUGGGCUAGCCUCCCAGAUCUGCAUGCCAGCAGCCCCUGGAGACAUCUAGUGACAGUGAGCAAGGUGGUCUCACUGAGCUGGCCUCCCGGAUCAGAGCCUGUACCCUUAGGGGGUCAGGAUGGAGGGAGUCUCUUCCCAGUUCCAGCCAGAGCUGUACUUUCAGGCCAGGCUUUUGAUGGGCACCACUUCUUCCUUUUCCUCCUCAGUGACCAAAUCUUCCCACCUACAGCUGCACUGCUGCUGCUUCUGCUUUCCAAAGUCAGCCUGGACCCUGGCUGCUGCCCACCCUGCCAGGAGCCUGGGCAGAUGCAGGCACGGUGGCCUGUUGGCUGGUUGCGCUAAGGCCAGUGCCUUCCCUGUGCACGUGACCUCACCUUAGGACCAAGCGCUGUGUUGGUUUCUUAGAUUGCUAGCUUUUCCAGAUUCCCAGGACCAGCUGGAGCCCUCUCUGCUCUGCUUGCAGAUGUGUGUUCAGGAUGCCCCGCCCUGAGCUCCAGAGUCAACAGCUCAGCAGCACUUUUUCUUUGUUUUCCAUGAGGUUUUUGGACCAUGGUGGAGCUCAGGCACUUUUCUGUAAGAUGUUUUGUCUCCUAGGGUGGCUUGAUCCCCUCCUCCACCUCUGUCCUGAGGCCCUGGAGCUGCCCUGCUGAGUUCAUUCUCCAGCUGCUGCUCCAGCCCUCCCACCUUGCACAGCACAGAGGUGGUCACCCUGGGGCAGCCUGGCGCCUGCCUGGGGGAGGGGUGCAACCUUCUAUCCCUGUAACUGCUUCCUUUAGGCCCCAGCUGGUGCCUACACUUGUUGGAAGCUGUGCUGAUGGCUUUUUUUUGUUGUUAUUUUGGGGGUGGGAGGUGGGGUAGUGUCUCCUUUUGGUAUUCACAACAGCCAGGGACAUGAUUUUAAUGUAUUUUAAACCACAUGAAAUAAAAGAGUCUGUUGCCUUAUUUCUCCU